AUGCUUACAUGGCAACAGGCCCUCAAGAAGAACAGGAAGCGUCGCAGGGGAGGUGGGCUGGCGCUGAAUGUGAGGAAGGGGCUGGUUAUCAGGGAACACUGGAAGAGCAGCGACAGCCCAAUGGAAAGCAUCUGGGUGAAGCUUCCGGUGGUCGGGGACCUGGGAGGGUCGGUCUCGCUGCCGGUUUCGGUACCGCCAGGCACAGAAGUGGCCAGAAUCGAGUGGGAUUUCCAGCCCGGCAGCGGCCAAGCCCUGGUGAUUGCGGAAUUCACACCUGGGCAAUGGGAGCGGCCCAAUCCCGAAGACCGAUUUGGGCCGCGGCUGGAAAAGGCUGACGAGACCACGCUGAGGAUCCAGGCCCUGGUGAAGGAGGACAGCGGCGUCUAUAUGGCUCACGUGAGAUACAUAACCGCCGAGGUGCAAGAGCACGUCUUUCUCCUCCAGGUUUCGGAUGAAGGAGGACCUGGAGGGACCUGGAAGCUUCACCUCCUUUGGCUGUUUGCCAUCCUGAUGCCAUGCUUUGUGAUUUGCAUCUGGAAGCGCUGUAAGAAAUUUGAAAAGUAUGGAAUGAAAGUUUUCGAGAAAGUUAAAAAGUCAAAAAAUGGCGAUGUUUGUCCUCAGCCCACUCAGAUGGAGACUUUGUCAGGGCAAGAAAGCAACCUGGGGAAUCCCCCCCAAUCUCACUCCCUGUGAAACGAAGUAACUGCCAAGACUGGAUGGGAAUGGAGGAGCAGCGGACUAGAAGUCAAGCCCCCAAGGGAAAGGGGCAGAAGAACGCUGGGGGGAAACCUCAAGCCCAGGUCAAAAUGCCUGGACAUAAGCGGUCUGUUAAGUGGAUGCCCCUCUCUCAACUUGAAGAAUCUUCCAA